UGUGGGUAAAAGUAAUAUACAACUUUGGUACAUAUAUUGCUACAUUUCUAAUUAUGAGUAUCUGAGACCAUCUGCAUAUUCAGAUUGACUUGAAAAUGUCGGUGAUAGGAAUAGAUCUUGGGACUACAUUAUCUUGUGUCGCUGUUCUAAAAAAUGAAAGAAUUGAAAUUGUACCAAACAAUGAAGGCGAUAGAUUGACUCCAUCUUAUGUUUCUUUUUCUGGUGACGAAGUCUUGACGGGAAAAGCAGCGAAAUACGACAUGGAUUUUAAUCACCGAAAUAUAUUAUAUCAAAUAAAGCGCCUGAUUGGAAAGAAAUAUAAUGAUCCAAUUCUACAAGGAGAUUUGAAACUUUGGGGUUUCGAAGUAAUCAAUAAAAAUAAUUGCCCUAUCAUUCAGGUGGAUUGCAAUCAUGAUUUAAAAUUAUUCCACCCCGAACAAAUUAGUUCAACGAUUCUAUUGGAAUUGAAACACGAUGCCGAGACAUACAUGGGGUCAACAAUCACUGACGCCGUGAUCACAGUACCUGCUUACUUCAACAGCGCACAACGUAAAUCUACAAAAGAAGCUGGAAAAAUAGCGGGUCUUAACGUUCUUCAAAUAUUAAAUGAACCAACAGCUGCGGCAAUUGCUUACAAACUUCAUCAUACACAUAAACAUAAGGCAUGUAAUGUUUUAAUAUUCGAUCUCGGCGGCGGAACAUUUGAUGUUUCUGUGAUUACCAUAAGAGGUGAAGUGUUUGACAUCAAAGCAACAGGAGGAGACGCCCAUUUAGGAGGUGAAGAUUUUGACAAUAGAAUGGUUCAAUAUUGCAUUCAAGAGUUCUACAGGCAAACUGAAGUUGAUUUGUCCAAAAACAAGAGAGCAUUAAGUCGCCUAAAAAUGAAAUGUGAAGAUGCAAAAAAGAAGUUGUCGGUCUCUGUCAUAGCAAAGAUUAAUGUCGACAGCAUUCACAGUGGCAUUGAUUUUAAAGCAACAAUUAGUCGAGCAAAGUUUGAAGACAUCAACAAUGAUUACUUUGCUAAAACACUUCAUGGGGUGCAGAAUACAUUGAACCAAGCAAAAAUGACCAAAGACAAGAUAGAUGAAAUCGUGCUUAUUGGUGGGUCAACACGUAUUCCAAAAAUUCAAGAAAUGCUGAAAAGGUUUUUUAAUGGCAAACAAUUAAACAAUUCUAUAAAUCCAGAUGAAGCAGUGGCUUAUGGUGCUGCCGUAUAUGCUACGGCUCUAAUAAAACAAAAAUUUUCGGAGAGGAAAUACCUAAUGGAAUCAAAGAUAUUUGAGAGAAGGCUAGAGCAACAAAGAAAGGCUCGACAAACCUUUGUAUAUUAUAUUUCUGAUAUUGAGCAAUAUUUUACCUGUGUUGGAACACACAAAUUAUCGUCUCAUGAGACACAACUUAUCUUUCGUCGGUGCGAUAACGAGUCAAAUUGGAUUGAGGAACAUAAGAUGUCAAAUAUAGGCGAAUUAGAAAAAAGACAGCAACACUUUGAAGAAUUUGUUCGACAUGUGAUUUACAUCAUAAGAAGAAGAGAUAAGACUCUAUCAACUAGAUGGUUUAAUUAG